UCUCCUUCGUUCCCUCUCGCUGUUAGUGCUUCUUUUUUUUGUGUGCUCUGUGAAAAAUUGACGUGCGAAUUCGUGUGAAAAGUGAACAAGAAGAAGAAGAAGAAGAAGAAGAAGAAGAAGGCAGAAAGCAGAGGAAAAUGAUUGUCAAUAUGCCCGUCAAUGGGCCCAACAACAGCUCAGCCGCCCAGCCGCAUUCCACUGAGCAUUCCAGUCACACUUCCAGCCAUCACAACAACAACAACAACAACAACAACUCGCUGCCCUCGAACUGCGAAUUCAACUUCCUCAAGCGCAAAUACGAAACCCAACUGGAGGAGCCCUACGAGCAGCUCAACGCGAAUCCCUGGAAGAAGCGCCACCUGGACUACGAUGUGAACGGAGUCGGCGUCGCUCCUGGAGUGGGAGUCGGCGUGGGUGUGGGAGUGGGGGCAGCCGGCGAUCUAUGCUUUCAGCUGCAGCUGGACACGAGCGCCAGCGGCACGGCCGGCGCGGCCUUCAUCAACGACUUGUUCGCCUACGACAAUCAGCUGCUGGUGCCCGCCGCCUCCUACUGCGCGCCGCCCGCGGCGCCCCUGGAGGCGGACGCCGGGGGCUGGCAGGCGGGCGAGCUGCUCGAGCUGGAUCACCGCUACACGACGGGACUGCAGACGGAGAUCUCGCAGCUGAACGCGACGCUGCCGCCCAUGCAGAAUCAGCCGGACAGCCAGCUGGACGCGCAGGCGGAGCAGCAGCUCCAGCUGGCGGCCACUGGCAGCGGCUUCCUGGUGCCCAUCGCACAGAAGCAGCCGCCGCAGCAGCAGCAGCAGCCCCAGUCACAGUCACAGUCACAGCCCACAGCACAGUCGCAGUCCCGUUCAUUGACCUGCCCAGCUCGCUCCUCGCCGGAGCCGGACUUCGAGGACAAGAAUCUCUCGUGGCUGCUCAACUUCAAGUUCGACGAGUUUCCGCACCUCUCGCCCGACGUGGGCGGCGGCAUGGCACGGCUGGGCGUGGGCCUGGAGGCCGCCACGCCCACAGCGGCGACAGCCGCCCACAUGGCCAGCGCAUCGCCCUGCAGCUCGGCCUCGCCGGCCUCCGCAUCGAACUCCAGUCACAGUCACUCGUCCCAGCAAGAGCCCCGCGGCUCGCCCAAGAGCUGCUCCAACUCCUCCUCCACGGCAGCAGCAGCAGCAGCCACAACGACAGCAGCAGCUGGAGGAGGAGCCACGGGAGCAGCUGCAGCAGCAGCAACAGCGACGCCAACCAAAGCCGGACGCAAGUUCGAGGAACUGGUCAUGGAAGUCACCUCCGAGAUGGACGGCAACGAUAUGAUUGUCGCCGAGCAUGUUGUGGUCGAGGAUACAGCAUCCAAAGCGCCAAAGAAACCACCGUUUACAUACACGGAACUCAUCGAAUACGCCCUCGAGGACAAGGGUGAGCUGACGGUGUCUGGCAUAUACCAAUGGAUAUCCGACCGCUUUCCGUACUACAAGUCGAACGAUGAUCGCUGGAAGAACUCGGUGCGGCACAAUCUCUCGAUCAAUCCGCACUUUCGCAAGGGCGUAAAGGCGCCGCAGGGCGCUGGCCAUCUGUGGGCCAUAUCCAGCGGAGACUCGGCGGAGAAUGUGUUGGCCUGGGAGCAUAAAAAGCAACGCUUGGAUCUGUUCUUCAAAAUGGAGUCCAUCAAUCGCGAGCGCAUUCAACAGCAUCAGCAGCAGAUGCAGCAGCAGCAGCAACAGCAACAGCAGCAACAACAACAACAGCAGCAGCAGCAGCAACAACAAUUGCAACAGCAGCAACAGUUGCAGCACUCGCACUCGCCGCAGCAGCAGACGGCUAACUGCAUGUACGAUGAGGCAGCUGUUGCUGCCGCUGCCCUCACCCACGAAAUGCUGCAGCAGACGCAGAGCGACGAGUCGCCCACAUCGCAUCCGCAUCCGCAUCCGCAUUCGCACUCGCAUUCGCAGCGACUGUUGCCGUUCAGCGAUCUGCUGAGCGACGACGAGCUGCGCAAGACGGCGGGACAGAUCCUCAAUGGCAUCCACCGAGAGGUGGAGGUGCAGUCGGUCAACUCCAUCAUCAGCACCUAUCAGGAUGUGCUGCUCGACAAUGACUAUCUCAAUCCCAUACACAAAGACGUCGUCGUCACGGAGAGCGGACUGCGCCAGCAUCAGCAUCAGCAUCAUCAACAGCAGCAACAGCAUCAACAGCAGCAGCAGCAGCAGCACAGCGGGAGCAGCAGCAACCUGCUGGCAGGCAGCCUCGCCCACUCGCAGUACUACAUCACAGAGAUCGAUCCCAUGGAGCUGGGCAUACAGAUGUCCCACCAGGUGGAGCCGUCCGAGGAGGAGGUGCUAUUCAGCGACGACUUCAAUCUCAACUACUUUGGCUACAAUCCGGGCAGCGAUAUUGUCGCUUGA